AUGGCGAUGAGUUUCGAGUGGCCGUGGCAGUAUCGCUUCCCGCCCUUCUUUACGUUACAGCCGAACGUGGACACUCGGCAGAAGCAGCUGGCCGCUUGGUGCUCACUGGUCCUGUCCUUCUGCCGCCUGCACAAACAGGCCAGCAUGACGGUGAUGGAAGCCCAGGAGAGCCCGCUCUUCAACAACGUGAAGCUACAGCGGAAGCUCCCCGUGGAAUCAAUCCAGGUUGUAUUAGAGGAACUGAGGAAGAAAGGGAACCUGGAGUGGUUGGAUAAGAACAAGUCUAGCUUCCUGAUCAUGUGGCGGAGGCCAGAAGAAUGGGGGAAACUCAUCUAUCAGUGGGUUUCCAGGAGUGGUCAGAACAACUCCGUGUUCACCCUGUACGAACUGACCAAUGGGGAAGACACAGAGGAAGAGGAGUUCCACGGGCUGGAUGAGGCAACCUUACUGCGGGCUCUGCAGGCCCUUCAGCAGGAGCACAAAGCAGAGAUCAUCACUAUCAGCGAUGGCCGAGGAGUCAAGUUCUUCUAG